GAGAGGAGCCAACGGAGGCUUCCCGAGUCGAUCAGGCUCCUUUGCAGCCAUGACUGAAGGCGGAGAAGGAGAGGAUGAAAUCCAGUUCCUCAGAACCGAUGAUGAAGUGGUGCUCCAGUGUGUGGCCUGCAUCCAGAAGGAGAAUCGUAAGUUUUGCCUGGCUGCUGAGGGGCUGGGCAAUCGGCUGUGUUACCUUGAGCCCACAUCUGAGGCAAAGUAUGUUCCACCGGACCUGUGCAUCUGUACAUUUGUGCUGGAACAGUCUCUAUCGGUACGGGCCCUGCAAGAGAUGCUGGCUAAAAGUGGACAGAACAAUGAGGGGGCGGCCCAGAGCGGUGGACACAAAACUCUUUUGUAUGGACAUGCCAUCCUCCUUCGACAUUCCUUCAGCUCCAUGUAUCUGGCCUGUUUGAAGACAUCAAGGUCACAGACAGAUAAGCUGUCGUUUGAUGUCGGCCUGCAGGAGGAUUCAACAGGUGAGGCCUGCUGGUGGACGAUACAUCCUGCCUCCAAACAGAGGUCUGAAGGAGAGAAGGUCCGCAUUGGCGAUGACCUCAUCCUCGUCAGUGUGUCCUCAGAGCGAUACCUUCACCUAUCGAUCUCUAAUGGCAACAUCCAAGUGGAUGCAUCCUUCAUGCAGACUCUGUGGAACGUCCAUCCCAUCUGCUCCGGAAGCAACAUAGAGGAAGGCUACCUGUUGGGUGGUCAUGUGAUGCGGCUGUUCCAUGGACAUGAUGAGGUAGUGACUAUCCCAGGAUCAGACCAGAGUGAAGAGCAGCAGAGGAUAGUCAACUACGAGAUGGGUAAAGCUGGUGCCAAAGCUCGGUCCUUGUGGAGGCUGGAACCUCUCCGAAUCAGUUGGAGCGGCAGCCACAUCCGAUGGGGUCAGUCCUUCCGAAUUCGACACCUGACCACCGGUCACUACCUGGCACUGACUGAGGACAGGGGGUUGGUGUUGCAGGACCGAGAGAAGUCUGACACCAACGCUACUGCUUUCUGCUUCAGAUCCUCAAAGGAAAAGCUGGAGCAGAGCCCCAAGCGAGACAUCGAGGGCAUGGGCGUAGCAGAGAUUAAAUAUGGGGACUCUCUUUGCUUCAUCAUGCACAUGGCCACGGGACUCUGGCUCUCUUAUCAGGCGCCGGAUGUCAAAUCUGCCCGGUUAGGACCCAUCAAGAGACGAGCAUGUCUACAUGCAGAAGGUCACAUGGAUGAUGGCCUGACACUGCAACGCUGUCAACACGAGGAAUCCCGCGCUGCACGCAUCAUUCGAAACACCACACUUCUCUUUAAGCGCUUCAUCAGAGACCUGGACUGUCUUGGUGUUAAGAAUCGGGCACUGGUCACCCUGCCUCUGGAGGAGGUGUUCCAGACCCUCAAUGAUCUCAUCACCUAUUUCCAACUUCCUGAUGCUGAGCUGGAGCAUGAAGACAGGCAGAUCAAGCUGAGAUCACUGAAGAACAGGCAGAACCUCUUCAAGCAAGAAGGCAUGUUGACUCUGGUGUCCACUUGUAUCGACCGACUGAACGUGUACAACAGUGCAGCCCACUUUGGAGAGUGUGCUGGGUCGGAGGCUGGAACAGCGUGGAAAGACAUCCUGAAUCUGCUUUACGAGCUGCUGGCGGCGUUAAUCCGAGGAAACAGGAACAACUGCACUCAGUUCUCCAACAAUCUGGACUGGCUGGUUAGUAAUCUGGAGAGACUGGAGUCUUCUUCAGGAAUCCUGGAGGUUCUCCACUGCAUUCUAAUUGAAAGCCCCGAGGCCCUGAACAUCAUCCAGAAAGGACACAUCAAGUCCAUCAUAUCGCUGCUCUACAAGCACGGACGCAACCACAAGAUUCUCGAUGUGCUGUGCUCGCUGUGCGUAUGUAACGGCGUCGCCGUGCGGACCAAUCAAAACCUCAUCUGUGAUCACCUGCUGCCCAGCAGAGAUCUGCUUCUUCAAACACAACUGGUCAAUGACGUCCAAAGCAUGAGACCGAACAUUUUCCUGGGGGUCAGCGAGGGUUCAGCUCAGUAUAAGAAGUGGUAUUAUGAGCUGAUGAUUGACCAGGUCGACCACUUUGUGACGAGUGAGCCCUCCCACCUGCGCGUGGGCUGGGCCAACAGCAAAGGUUAUGCCCCGUACCCUGGAGGAGGGGAAGGCUGGGGUGGCAAUGGCGUGGGAGAUGACCUGUACUCAUAUGGUUUUGAUGGACUUCACCUCUGGUCAGGUCGCAUCCCACGGGCUGUUGCAUCCAUGAACCAGCACGUCCUAACUUCAGAGGAUGUGGUGAGCUGCUGUCUGGACCUCGGAGCCCCCAGCAUCUCCUUCAGGAUCAACGGGCAGCCGGUUCAGGGCAUGUUUGAAAAUUUCAACACAGAUGGCCUCUUCUUCCCCGUUGUUAGUUUCUCUGCAGGGGUAAAGGUGCGUUUUCUUUUUGGUGGUCGGCAUGGCGACUUUAAGUUCUUGCCACCAUCGAGCUACGCACCAUGUUAUGAAGCGCUGCUGCCGAAAGAAAAGAUGAAGGUCGAACCAGUGAAAGAAUAUAAGCGGGAUGUGGACGGGGUCCGAGAUCUUCUGGGUCCCACCCACUUCAUGUCACAGGCCUCCUUCAUCCCUACACCAGUGGAAACGAGCCAGAUUGUCAUGCCACUCCAUUUGGAGAAGGUUCGAGACAAACUGGCUGAAAACAUUCAUGAAUUGUGGGGCAUGAAUAAGAUAGAGCUCGGCUGGUCCUACGGCAAGAUACGGGAUGAUAAUAAGCGGCAGCAUCCAUGCCUGGUGGAUUUCUCCAAGCUGCCAGAAACAGAAAAGAACUACAAUCUGCAGAUGUCAACAGAAACUGUGAAAACCCUGUUGGCUUUGGGCUGUCGUGUAGUCCAGGUCAAUCCUAACGCUGAACACUCCCUCAAAAAGAUGAAACUUCCAAAAAACUACAUGAUGUCCAAUGGAUAUAAACCAACACCGUUAGACCUAUCGGACAUAAAGCUGACACCAGGUCAGGAGCUGCUGGUAGACAAACUGGCAGAGAACGCACACAACGUAUGGGCAAAGGAUCGCAUCAAACAGGGAUGGACAUAUGGCAUCCAGCAGGAUCUAAAGAGUAAGCGGAACCCUCGUUUGGUUCCUUAUAUUCUGCUGGAUGAGCGCACCAAGAAGUCCAACAGGGACAGUCUGCGGGAGGCUAUACGCACUCUGAUUGGCUACGGCUACAACAUUGAGCCUACAGACCAGGAAGGCGGACAAGUUAUUGAGCGUCUCAGCAUUGACAAGAUCCGCUUCUUCAGAGUAGAGAGAACACAUGCGGUGAAGACUGGGAAAUGGUACUUUGAGUUUCAGGCUGUGACAGGGGGGGACAUGAGAGUGGGGUGGGCCAGGCCCAGAUGUAAGCCGGAUGUGGAACUCGGCACAGAUGAGUUCGCUUUCGUCUUUGAUGGAUACAGGGGUCACUGUCUGAACAUGGGCAGUCGUUUGUUUGGCCGGUGCUGGCAUGCUGGUGACGUGGUGGGCUGUAUGAUCAACAUGGAAGACAAGUCCAUGAUCUUCACCCUGAACGGAGAGAUCCUCAUUACUAGCAAAGGCUCUGAACUCUGCUUCACUGACUUUGAAACCGAGGAUGGGUUCAUUCCUGUAUGUAGUUUGGGUCUGACCCAGGUGGGCCGCAUGAAUCUGGGGAAAGACGCCAGCACCUUCAAGUACUACACCAUGUGUGGCCUACAGGAAGGGUUUGAACCCUUCUCUGUCAACAUGAACCGAGAGGUCACCAUGUGGUUCAGCAAGCGCCUGCCCACCUUUGAUGUUCUGAAGGACCACAACCACAUAGCAGUUACCAGAAUUGACGGCACUAUCGACAGUCCCCCGUGUCUCAAAGUCACCCACAAGACAUUCGGCACCCAAAACAGUAACGCUGACAUGGUGUUUUGCCGUCUCAGCAUGCCGGUAGAGUUCCACUCCAUCUUCAAGUUGAGUCCUGUGGUAGACAUGAAUGGAUUUGUAAAAAUGAAAACUGUGCAGCAAUAAUUGUCACAUACAGGAUCCAGAUACUACCACUCAGUGAGGGUCUUCGCUGGUCAGGAUCCUGCUGGGGUGUGGGUUGGCUGGGUUACACCCGACUAUCAUUACUACAGCAACAACUUCAACCUAACCAAGAACCGAACAGUGACCGUAACCCUGGGAGAUGAACGUGGAAGAGUCCAUGAAAGUGUGAAAAGGAGCAACUGCUACAUGGUUUGGGGCGGUGAUGUGACCAAUGCUGCCCACUCCUCUAGUCGUAGCAAUGUGGACCUGGAAAUGGGCUGCUUAUUAGACCGGGCAACUGGCUUGGUGACCUUCACUGUCAAUGGCAAGGAGAUAUCCACAUCCUACCAGGUGGAACCAAACACCAAGCUCUUCCCUGCUGUGUUUGUGCGACCCACCAGCCCCAACCUCUUCCAGUUUGAGCUGGCUAAAAUAAAGAAUGCCAUGCCCUUGUCAUCUGCAAUCUUUAAUAGUGAGCAUAAGAAUCCAGUGCCUCAGUGUCCACCCCGUCUCGAUGUCCAAACGAUCAACGCAGUGCUGUGGAGCCGCAUGCCCAACACCUUCCUCAAAGUGGAAACAGCCCGGGUCAGUGAGAGGCACGGUUGGGUGGUCCAGUGUGUGGAGCCCCUGCAGAUGUUGGCGGUACACAUACCUGAGGAGAACAGGUGUGUUGACAUCAUGGAGCUUUCGGAGCAGGAGGGCAUGAGGAAGUUCCACUACCACACCUUGAAGCUGUACUGUGCCCUGUGCGCGCUGGGUAACACCCGUGUGGCCCACGCCCUUUGCAGCCACCUGGACCAAUCACAGCUCUUAUACACCAUUGACAAUCAGUACCUGUCAGGCAUGUUACGCGAGGGCUUCUACAAUGUUCUGAUCAGCAUCCACCUGGAGACAGCCAAAGAGGCACGACUUAUGAUGAAAGAGGAAUUCAUCAUUCCCGUCACGACUGAGACACGUUCCAUCCGCCUCUUCUCCAAUUCUACCAAAAAGCACCUCCCACCAGGUGUGGGGCUUAGCACCUCUCUCAAACCCCGCCUCAACUUUGCUCCACCCUAUUUCAUAACAAACAAACGGGAGCAAUAUCUGUACAGUCCUCAAAUUCCACUGGACGCACUAAAGGAGAAAGCAAUUUCAAUGCUGACAGAGGCGGUGCAGGGUGGAGGGCACCAUAUCCGAGACCCUGUAGGAGGCGGCGUGGAGUACCAGUUUGUGCCAAUUUUGAAGCUCAUUAGUACUUUGCUAACUAUGGGUGUUCUCGGCAGUGAGGACGUCUGUAAGAUCUUACUGCUAAUUGACCCGAACGUUUUCAGAGAGACACGAGAGGAGGGUGUCAGCGGAUCCAUUGCAAAAGAAGGACUUACAGGAGCUGAGGAGAAGGCAGUGGAAGCUGGAGAAGUUGAGUUGGCCAAAGAGGUAAAGCAACCAAUGAAAGGACUGCUGGAGAAGAGGCUACCUGAGCCAGUCAAGCGACAGAUGUGCGAGUUGCUUCAUUAUUUCUGUGACUGCGAGCUGAAGCACCGCAUCGAGGCCAUUGUGUCAUUCUCUGACAACUUCGUCUCUAAGCUGCAGUACAACCAGAAGUUCCGCUACAACGAGCUGAUGCUGGCGCUCAACAUGUCUGCUGCCGUAACUGCAAAGAAGACCAAAGAGUUUCGCUCACCUCCUCAGGAACAGAUCAACAUGCUGUUGUCCUUCAGUAUGGGAGAAGACUGUCCAUGUCCAGGAGAUAUCCAGGAGGAACUCUAUGAUUUUCACAAUCAGCUGCAGCUCCACUGUGGGAUCCCGAUGGAGGAAGACGAAGAGGAGCAUGAUACGUCUAUUAAAGGGCGCCUCUUGACCUUGGUGAACAAGAUCAAAGGCCAUGCUCAGAAAACACACAAAACCACAAAGAAGGAGCAAGCUGCACCAACUAAUCUCAAAGAGCUGAUCUCACAGACGAUGGUCAGCUGGGCCCAGGAGUGUCACAUACAGGAUCCAGAGUUGGUCCGUAAGAUGUUCAGCCUGCUGAGGAGGCAGUACGAUAGCAUUGGGGAGCUGCUUCAUGCCAUGAGGAAGACUUACACCAUCAGUGCCGCCUCAGUCCAGGACACAAUUAACCUCCUGGCCUCUCUUGGUCAGAUAAGAUCCUUGCUCUCUGUGCGUAUGGGGAAGGAGGAGGAGAAGCUCAUGAUUGAUGGACUGGGUGAUAUCAUGAACAACAAGGUCUUUUACCAGCACCCCAACCUCAUGAGAAUAUUGGGCAUGCAUGAGACUGUCAUGGAAGUCAUGGUCAAUGUGCUUGGAGGAGACAAGUCCCAGGAAAUCGCCUUCCCCAAGAUGGUGGCUAGCUGUUGUCGCUUUCUCUGCUACUUCUGCCGGAUCAGUCGACAGAACCAGAAAGCCAUGUUCGACCACCUUAGUUACCUGUUGGAAAACAGCAGCGUGGGUCUCGCUUCACCUGCCAUGAGGGGAUCCACUCCUCUAGAUGUAGCUGCUUCCUCAGUAAUGGACAACAAUGGCCUAGCCCUGGCACUUGAGGAACCUGAUCUAGAUAAGGUGGUCACCUAUUUGGCAGGAUGUGGUCUUCAGAGUUGUCCCAUGCUUCUGGCUAAAGGUUAUCCAGACAUUGGCUGGAACCCCAUUGAAGGAGAGCGAUACCUUUCCUUCUUGCGGUUUGCUGUCUUUGUCAAUGGUGAAAGCGUGGAGGAGAACUCUAGUGUUGUGGUCAAACUGCUCAUUCGUCGCCCCGAGUGUUUUGGACCUGCGCUGAGGGGAGAGGGGGGAAAUGGCCUGCUGGCUGCCAUGAAAGAGGCCAUUAAAAUUUCUGAAACCCCUGCUUUGGACCUGCCGGGUUCUGUCCAGGGAGCCAGCUCUGACGUAUCUGCUGAUGGUGAUGAUGAGGAAGAGGUGGUACACAUGGGCAAUGCCAUCCUGUCCUUCUACUCCGCCCUCAUUGACCUUUUGGGGCGUUGCGCUCCAGAGAUGCAUCUUAUCAACAAGGGAAAAGGUGAAGCCUUACGUAUCCGUGCCAUCCUGCGGUCUCUGGUUCCAAUGGAAGAUCUUGUGGGGAUUAUCAGCAUCCCAUUCAAAAUGCCCAUUGUAAACAAAGAUGGCUCUGUAACGGAGCCGGACAUGUCCGCCAGCUUUAUUCCAGACCACAAGGCCCCCAUGGUGCUGUUUUUGGACAGGGUGUAUGGUAUUGAGGACCAGAGCUUUCUGCUACACCUGCUUGAGGUGGGCUUCCUUCCUGACCUGAGAAGCGCAACCUCGAUGGACACGGAGGGUCUUUGUACGACUGAGACCGCUCUGGCUAUGAACCGUUACAUCGGCUCGGCCAUGCUACCCCUCCUCACGCGCUGUGCCCCCUUGUUUUCCGGCACGGAGCACUACGCAACGCUCAUCGACUCCACUCUGCACACUAUCUACCGACUUUCUAAGGGACGUUCCCUCACCAAGGCCCAAAGAGAUGCCAUCGAGGAGUGUCUGUUGGCUGUCUGCAAGCAUCUCCGUCCUUCCAUGCUGCAGCAGCUCCUGCGGCGCCUCGUCUUUGAUGUACCUCUGCUCAGUGAUUACUGCAAGAUGCCCCUCAAGCUUCUAACUAACCACUAUGAGCAGAACUGGAAGUACUACUGCUUACCAUCAGGUUGGGGCAGCUACGGAACAGCAUCUGAAGAUGAACUCUUGCUCACCAAGAAGAUUUUCUGGGGUGUAUUUGAUUCUCUUUCUCAGAGAAAAUAUGACCCAGAGCUCUUCAAGAUGGCCAUGCCGUGCCUCAGUGCCAUAGCUGGAGCUUUGCCACCAGACUAUGUGGACACCUCCAUCAGCACCACUAUGGAAAAGCCAAUUUAUGUUGACGCUCAGGGAAACUUUGACCCCAAACCCAUCAGCACUGCUAACAUUGCUCUUCCAGAAAAGCUAGAGCACUUUGCCAACAAAUAUGCUGAGCAUUCCCACGAGAAAUGGUCAGCAGAGAAGGUGUUGCUGGGAUGGAAAUAUGGAGACUGUUUGGAUGAGAAGGCCAAAAUUCACCCUCAGCUCAGGACCUACAAAGGCCUCACAGAGAAGGAAAAGGAGAUUUACAGGUGGCCGAUUAGAGAAUCACUGAAGAGUAUGCUGGCUAUGGGCUGGAGCAUCGACAGGACGAAAGAUGGAGAAAGCAUGUCUCAACAGAGGGAGAGCGAGAAAAUGCGUAAGAUCUCUCAGGCCUCACAGUCAAAUGGAUUCAAUCCAAGCCCAACAGACAUGAGCAAUGUGGUUCUAUCCAGAGAAAUGCAGGGCAUGGUGGAGGUGGUUGCUGAAAAUUACCAUAACAUCUGGGCCAAAAAGAAGAAGUGUGACCUUGGAAGCAGAGGUGGAGGAACACACCCUCUGUUAGUGCCUUAUGACACGCUAACAGCUAAGGAGAAAGCCUGUGAUCGAGAGAAAGCCCAGGACCUUUUCCGCUUCCUGCAAAUCAAUGGCUAUAGCAUCUCACGAGGUCUCAAGGACUUGGAGCAGGAUUCCUCUUCCAUGGAGAAGAGAUUUGCUUAUAAGUUCCUCAAGAAGCUGCUUAAGUAUGUUGACUCAGCCCAGGACUUCAUCGCCCACCUCGAAGCCAUGGCUGCCAGCGGGAAAACAGACAGAUCCCCUCACGAACAAGAAAUCAAGUUUUUUGCAAAAGUUCUUCUUCCCCUCAUUGACCAGUACUUCAAGAACCACUCCCUGUACUUCCUGUCCUCACCCAAUAAGAACCUGAGCAGCAGCGGUUACGCCUCCAACAAGGAGAAGGAGAUGGUCACCAGCCUGUUUUGUAAACUGGCAGCUCUUGUCAGACAUAGGAUUUCCCUCUUUGGAAGUGACUCCACAACCAUGGUGAGCUGUCUGCAUAUCCUUGCACACACUCUGGACACCAGGACAGUGAUGAAGUCGGGCUCGGAACAAGUGCGGAUGGGUUUGAGGACAUUUUUUGAAAAUGCUGCAGAGGAUCUGGAGAAGACUUUUGAGAACCUGAAGCUGGGGAAGUUCACUCACUCUCGCUCCCAGAUGAAAGGGGUGUCGCAGAAUAUCAACUACACCACUGUGGCUCUGCUACCAAUCCUCACUGCUCUGUUUGAGCACAUCACCCAGCACCACUUUGGAGUUGACCUGCUCUUGGAUGAUGUGCAGGUGUCGUGUUAUCGCAUCCUGGCCAGCCUCUAUGCACUGGGCACAGGGAAAAACAUAUAUGUGGAAAGACAGCUACCGGCUCUCGGUCAGUGCCUGGCCACCCUGGCCGGGGCCAUGCCUGUGGCAUUUCUGGAGCCUCUGCUCAAUACGUACAACCCCUGCUCGGUCUUCAACACCAAGAGUGCACGUGAACGAGCCGUUCUAGGCAUACCUGACUCAGUGGAGAAGAUGUGUCCUGGCAUGCCACGGUUGGACGGUCUGAUGAAAGACAUCAAUGACAUGGCUGAGUCUGGAGCGCGGUAUGCAGAGAUGCCCCAUGUUAUUGAGGUGGUGCUACCCAUGUUGUGUAACUAUCUGUCCUACUGCUGGGAAAGAGGCCCAGAGAACCAGCCAGCCAGCGGGGGCAGCAUAUGCUGCACCACCGUCACCUCAGAGCACCUCAGCCUCAUUUUAGGAAACAUCCUCAAGAUCCUCAACAACAACCUGGGCAUAGACGAGGCCUCAUGGAUGAAGAGGAUUGCAGUGUACGUACAGCCGAUCAUCGGCAAAGCCCGUGCAGACCUUCUGAAGAGCCACUUCCUGCCCACGCUGGAGAAGCUGAAGAAGAAGACUGUGAAGGUGGUGGCUGAGGAGGAGCUGUUGAAGGCAGACAGUAAAGGAGACACUCAGGAGGCAGAGCUGCUCAUUCUGGAUGAGUUUGCUGUUCUGUGCAGGGACCUGUACGCCUUUUACCCCAUGCUCAUCCGAUACGUGGACAACAACAGGUCCAGGUGGUUGAAAGAACCCGACGCCGACUCUAAUGCUCUCUUCAGGAUGGUUGCUGAGAUAUUCAUCCUCUGGUGCAAGUCGCAUAAUUUCAAACGGGAGGAACAGAACUUUGUGGUCCAGAAUGAGAUCAACAACCUUUCCUUCUUGACUGGAGAUAAUAAAACUAAGAUGUCAAAGUCUGGAGGACAAGACCAGGAGAGGAAACACAAGAAGAGACGUGGUGAGUUCUACUCCAUCCAGACCUCGCUGAUCGUGGCAGCGCUCAAGAAAAUGCUGCCAAUUGGCCUCAACAUGUGCACUCCAGGAGACCAGGAGCUCAUUUCUCUCGCCAAGAUACGUUACCUCAUGAAAGACACAGAUGAAGAGGUCAAAGAGCACAUCUGGCAGAAUCUGCAUCUUCGAGAAAAAUCAGAGGACCCUGCAGUGAGGUGGCAGCUAAACCUGUACAAGGACAUCGUGAUGAGGAGCGAUGGGCCUCCAGACCCGGAGAAGGUUGUGGACCGUAUCCAGAGGAUCUCAGCUGCCAUCUACAAUCUUGAGCAGGUGGAGCAGCCAUUGAGAUCCAAGAAAUGUGUCUGGCAGAAGCUGCUCUCCAAACAGAGGAAACGAGCAGUUGUUGCCUGCUUUCGUAUGGCUCCACUCUAUAAUUUGCCAAGGCAUCGCUCUAUUAACCUCUUCCUCAUGGCCUAUCAGGGAAUAUGGAUAGAGACAGAGGAGUACUCUUUUGAGGAGAAACUAGUUCAGGACCUUGCAAAAACGCUGCCCAAAGUGGAGGAGGAGGAAGAGGAGGAGGUUCGAAAGCAGCCCGACCCUCUUCACCAGCUCAUUCUGCAUUUCAGCCACAACGCUCUGACUGAGUGCAGCUCAUUGGAGGAGGAUCCGUUGUAUAUUGCAUAUGCAGAUAUGAUGGCAAAGAGCUGUGCUGAAGGUGAAGAAGAGGAAGACGAGGGCAAAGAGAAGACAUUCGAGGAAAAGGAGAUGGAGAAACAAAAGAUGUUAUACCAGCAGGCGAGGCUGCAUGACCGCGGGGCUGCAGAGAUGGUUCUCCAGAUGAUCAGCGCCAGCAAAGGUCGACUCGGCGCUAUGGUGACUUUCACGCUCAAAUUGGGUAUUUCCAUUCUUAACGGGGGAAACAUACUCGUUCAGCAGAAAAUGCUGGACUACCUGAAGGAAAAACGAGAUGCUGGCUUUUUCAAAAGUUUAUCCGGACUGAUGAUGUCUUGCAGCGUCCUUGACUUGAACGCUUUUGAAAGGCAAAACAAAGCAGAGGGUCUCGGGAUGGUUACUGAAGAGGGAUCGAUCAACGUGAGUGAGCGGGGUUCCAAGGUUCUGCAGAAUGAUGAGUUCACAAAGGACCUCUUUAGGUUUCUGCAGCUUCUCUGUGAGGGCCACAACAAUGAUUUUCAGAACUUCUUGAGGACUCAGACGGGAAAUACAACAACAGUCAACAUCAUCAUUAGCACUGUAGACUACCUACUAAGACUGCAGGAAUCCAUUAGUGAUUUCUACUGGUACUACUCUGGUAAAGAUGUUAUAGAUGAGGCUGGACAGAGGAACUUCUCCAAAGCACUGGCUGUGGCCAAACAGGUCUUCAACUCCUUAACUGAGUACAUACAGGGUCCAUGUAUUGGCAACCAGCAGAGUUUGGCUCACAGCAGGCUGUGGGAUGCAGUGGUGGGCUUCUUGCAUGUUUUUGCCAACAUGCAGAUGAAGUUAUCCCAGGAUUCCAGUCAGAUUGACUUACUGAAGGAGCUGUUGGACCUCCAGAAAGACAUGAUCGUCAUGCUGCUCUCUCUUCUUGAAGGUAAUGUUGUAAAUGGCACCAUUGGCAAACAAAUGGUGGACACCCUUGUGGAAUCCUCCAGUAAUGUGGAGAUGAUCCUGAAGUUUUUCGACAUGUUCCUGAAGUUGAAGGACUUGACAACCUCAGACAGCUUCAAAGAGUAUGACUCUGAAAGCAAAGGGGUCAUCUCAAAGAAGGAUUUCCAGAAGUCCAUGGAGAACCAGAAGCAGUAUUCCCAAUCUGAGAUAGAGUUUCUCCUCUCAUGUGCUGAGGCUGAUGAGAAUGACAUGUUCAACUAUGAACAGUUUGUGGAGCGAUUUCAUGAACCAGCCAAGGACAUUGGCUUUAAUGUAGCUGUGCUGCUAACCAAUCUUUCAGAACAUAUGCCUCAUGAUGCUCGUCUCGCAACGUUUCUUGACCUCGCUGAGAGUGUCCUCAGUUACUUUGAGCCAUUUUUGGGUCGUAUUGAGAUCAUGGGCGGUGCUAAGCGCAUUGAGAGAGUCUACUUUGAGAUCAGCGAGUCGAGUCGCACUCAGUGGGAAAAGCCUCAAGUCAAAGAGUCAAAGCGACAGUUCAUAUUUGAUGUGGUCAAUGAAGGUGGAGAGAGCGAGAAGAUGGAGCUUUUUGUUAACUUCUGUGAGGACACUAUCUUUGAGAUGCAACUAGCUUCUCAAAUCUCAGAGCCAGACCCGGUAGAGCGUCCGGAGGAAGAUGAAGGAGACAGCCAGAGUGUGCUGGAAAACCAGGAAGAUGAGGAGGAUAGCUCCAUCUUGGAGUCUUCCUCUGCUUUUACAUUUGCCUGCAUUUCCCUGAGGAAGAGCCUCUGCCACUUCCGCCAACUGUUCACUUUGAAGAGCAUGAGGCGGCAGUACAGAAAAUUCAGGAAGAUGAGUGUGAAAGAGAUGGUACGAGGCUUCUUCUCGUUCUUCUGGAUGAUCAUCACUGGUCUUUUCCACUUUAUCUACAGUCUAGUUUGGCUUUUUUUCCAUAUCAUAUGGACUACUAUGUUUGGGGGUGGCCUCGUUGAAGGGGCUAAGAAUAUGAAGGUAACAGACAUUUUGGGAAACAUGCCAGACCCCACCCAGUUUGGCAUUCAUGGAGACGUGUUGGAGACAGAGAAGAUGGAGGCGAGCGAAGCUGCAGUGUUGGCAGAAAUGGGGCAGAUGGCACAGAGGGAUGCUGCGGAGGCUGACUUGAUGGCUGAGCUGCUGAACAUACAGCCCAAGAAGGAGGGCAAGCAUGGGGCCGAACCAGGUUUGGGGGACGUGUCUGAAGUUGUGGUAGGGGAUGCACCAUCCAUAGCCAGUGCUGUCAAACAGAAGAAGGAACAGUUGGCUGCAAAGAAGAAGGCAGCAAAUGGAGACUACAAAUCUGAUUCAGAGAAAGGAGAUUCAGAAGAUGGCGAGAAGAAGGACCAUGACAAAGCCAAAGAUGAAGGUCCUCCAGAGCCCUCAGUGGAAGAGAAGAAGACCCCAAAGAAGAGACUUGGCCAGAAGAAAGAACCACCAGAGGCCUUCAUGGCCAGCUUUUUCGCCAGCUUGAAAAUCUACCAAACCAAGAUGCUGAAUUAUCUUGCAAGAAAUUUCUACAACCUCCGCUUCUUGGCACUUUUUGUUGCCUUUGCUAUCAACUUCAUUCUUCUCUUCUACAAAGUGACUGGUGAUUAUUCAGACGAUGAAGACCCGUGGAAUGGUCGAGGUAGAGCUGGAGAGGAGGAAGAAGAAGGUGCUCUGGAGUACUUUGUACUGCAGGAGAGCACGGGAUACAUGGCACCAACACUGCACUUUUUGGCAAUACUACACACUGUAAUCUCUUUCCUGUGUGUAGUGGGAUACUAUUACCUAAAGGUGCCAUUGGUAGUAUUCAAGCGAGAGAAGGAGAUAGCAAGGAAGUUGGAGUUUGCUGGCCUCUACAUCACAGAGCAGCCAUCAGAUGAUGACAUCAAAGGACAGUGGGACAGACUUGUCAUCAACACACCGUCCUUCCCCAACAACUACUGGGAUAAAUUUGUCAAACGGAAAGUGAUUAAAAAGUACGGAGACCUGUAUGGAGCAGAGAGGAUAGCAGAGCUGCUUGGUUUGGAUAAAAGUGCCCUGGAUUUCAAUCCUACGGAGGAAACGGUCACCAAGGAGGCUUCACUGGUGUCAUGGUUGAGCUCAAUCGACACAAAGUACCACAUUUGGAAAAUGGGGGUGGUGUUUACAGACAAUUCGUUCCUGUAUCUGGUGUGGUACACCACCAUGUCCAUUCUGGGCCACUACAACAACUUCUUCUUUGCUGCCCACCUGCUGGACAUUGCCAUGGGCUUCAAGACUCUCCGUACCAUCCUCUCCUCUGUCACACAUAACGGCAAACAGCUGGUGUUGACGGUGGGUCUGCUGGCAGUUGUGGUCUACCUCUACACUGUGGUGGCCUUCAACUUCUUCAGGAAGUUCUACAACAAGAGUGGAGAUGAAGAUGAACCCGAUAUGAAGUGUGAUGACAUGAUGACUUGUUACCUCUUCCACAUGUAUGUUGGGGUGAGAGCGGGAGGGGGCAUCGGGGAUGAGAUUGAAGAUCCAGCUGGCGACCCCUAUGAGCUCUAUCGGAUCCUUUUUGACAUAACGUUCUUCUUCUUUGUCAUUGUGAUCCUCCUGGCCAUCAUCCAGGGUUUGAUCAUUGAUGCCUUUGGAGAACUGAGGGACCAGCAAGAACAAGUCAAAGAAGAUAUGGAGACUAAAUGUUUCAUUUGUGGAAUUGGAAAUGACUACUUUGACACGACACCUCAUGGCUUUGAGACCCACACCUUACAAGAGCACAAUUUGGCCAACUACCUGUUUUUCCUGAUGUACCUUAUCAAUAAGGAUGAGACGGAGCACACUGGGCAGGAGUCAUACGUGUGGAAAAUGUACCAGGAGCGUUGUUGGGAUUUCUUCCCAGCUGGGGACUGUUUCCGUAAACAGUAUGAGGAUCAGCUUGGGUAAAGCCAAUCUGUUUUCUCCACCUUCAUUCUUAACAAGGCUGCUGGAACUUGUAGCCCCCCGUGUAGGGUGCUGGACUACAGCGCCACACACACCCAGCAAAGCUUAGGUCUGGUCUGAGGAGAGACAUUUUAAAGUCAAACUGAAGACGCGUGUCUCCCGCCAGGGUCACCUCUGGUGCAGUGCCAGCCUGUGUUGAAAUGAACUGUAGCUUGCCCGUACGUUUUAUUUAUAAUACGUUUAAGGACCGUUUUCUCGUUUUUGACAGCAUGUCGCCUUUUACUCCACAUAACCCUAAAACAUUGCACAAUAUUUAUUUUUUCUUUCAUGAGAAACACUGGGUUGUGUGGGGUUAGAGGACAUUGUGUGUCAUAUUAUGCACAAGACAGCAAUUUCAGUGUUUUUAGAAUGUUGAAUUUGAUGCCAAAAGAUAUGUGGAGAGGUAUCGUACUUUUGUCUAGUGCUCUACAACGUAAUGUUAUAACCAUGCAUAUUGAGAAGUUUUAUGAAUGAAGUGGCAAAAAAGAUUUAUUAUGUCAGAUAAAGAUGCCUAUUUUUUCAUGAAGUGCCUUACAGUACUGUAUCUACAUUACAAUGAAGCUAUGCAAAACCUUUGUUUUUCUUUAUUGUAUGUAAGUACAGUAAUUUUCCUGGAACUGUUCUGAUAUGUAGUUUGGCUGAAAUUUUUCAUUGAAACAAAAAAAAGAAGAGCACUGAGCUGAUUUUUUUUUUUUUUUUUUUUGCUGAAUGCAGCAUCUUAAGUGCAAACACUCGAGAUACGUAGUGUACAAAGUGACACUUUUCCGAGAUAACGUUUCAGAAUUUACUGGACAUCUUAAAGCAUUGAAAAUGAUAUUAUAUUGUAUGGCUAUUUGUAUGUAGUAGCUUUGCUGAUCUGUGCAUUUUAUUUGAAGACAAAAAGAAAUAAAUCAAUGCAAAAAA